AUGGCGCUUAACUUGAAAGAGGAAUGGGAAAAUUUUUUGCUGGAAAAGCUGCGCGGUCCUUACAUGAAAGAGUUCAGCCGGCUGAAGACGGACGGAGAAAGAUUCAAGUUUUGUAAAUAUAUUUUAAGGUAAGCUGGACUUCUUCUUUCUGUCGGACUGUGUCUACUUAUUUUUAAGAAUCAAUGGGUGGGCCGUGCAAAAAUAAAUCUAAAGGCGAAUAUUAGAAGUGAAAGAAUAUGAUAAAGGUGCGAAGCUCAAGCAAAAUUCAACAAUCUACAGCUGCAAUGUAGCUCUCAAAUCAUAGAUGCUACAAACCUGAUAUCCGAUUUUUGUUCUUCUUCAUUUUUCUCUUCGUUGGAGAUCUCUUGUUACUUUUGUUGGCAACCCUUGUAGUGUUUAUGUCUCGCAGAAAUUUCUAUUUAACUUGGAGAACGGUUUGCCUCAACAGUUGAAGAAAACAAUAAUUAAAAUCGUUUUCACAAACAGAGAUAAAAGCUUCAGAGAUCUGUAAGCUUAAGCUUAUAUAUAUAUAUUUUUAAGCUUAUAUUUAUAUCCUAAAUGUGCAUGUGCAAAGAGUUCUUGUUGCUACUAUAUUGCUCUCGCCCAAGCACGAAAACUUCAGCGUUUUCAAGUGAAAUGUGUUUGUACCUAGGUGAUGUGCAAUAAAAUAUGCAUGAAGGCUUUUUUUUUCACCUUUGAAGCGCUUUUGUUUACAGUAAGCUGUCAAAAAUCACACGUAUAUUUCUGGCUCGUGAAGGAGUUGAGACCAACAGAAUUAGCUGUUGGAAGUUCUAUCUAUUUUUAAGAUCCUACACUUAUUAGUCUGUUCUGAACACCAACGAGGUGAGGUCUUGUAAAUUUGUCUCGUGUCUUCGCACGUGCACGUACGUUUCAAUUCCUGUGUUACUGACAGUCCAAUUUAAAAUCUUUAUUCCCUUCUCACGCCAUCUCGUUUUGAAUUUACUUCUGUUAUAUUAGCAGGAAAUAGUCUAUCUGUUCGAUUUGUCCCAUCACUAAUACAAUUAUUAUUCACUCCACUUUGAAUAACUUAGAAGUAAUAUGAAAUUUUGGACCUUUCACAGAGAUUGCCGUCAUUGCUAAUUGUUUAAUAAUCAUUAUUUGUUGGCAUCAUCCUGAUCGAAUGCAUCCUUGCAUUAAAAUGGACAUGCCUCGUAUGGCUGAUUUUAAAUAUGGGUGGUUUUUGGAGGGAAUUACAUAAAAUAACAUACAAAGUGUAUUAUUGUAGAGCACUGCCGCGAAACAUAACCUAUAGUGUAAGGGUUAUAUUUUACUUAUGGGUCAGGUGUUCUAUGGUGGCAAUGUGCAUGUACAUUGUACUGGGGUCUAAAAUAUUAUUUUAAUUAGUAACAAAGUAUUAGAUAACAAUAGACGUUGUUGUAUGACAAAUGAAUAAAGAAUGGUAUAGGAAUAGCAAUAGAGUCUACCCUAGAAAUUGCAAUAGUUGAAAAAAACUUUAUCGUAAUACCCCAUGCAGUUCAUCUUUAAUACCUUGAAUUUAAAUAGAAUUGUGCACAAUGUUUGUUUGAAUGUCCCUUUGACAUUUACCAGCAAAUACCUUCUUUACACAUGUAUUAUUAAUUUUGUAAAUCAUUAACAGACAAACAAAAGAUAUAAAUUGGGGGAUUUGAUAUUGCAAGUGCUUUAGUUGAUUUACAUCUUUGGUGGUUUUUGCUUUCCUAUAUGAAAGCCAGUGAUUAAUAAAAGCUCAGUUGUUUGAGCACCGUUCUUUAGGGUUGACUUGUAGUGCAGUGAUCUAAGACCUUUGCACUGUUAUGUUUGAGUUAUUAUGUAAUACAUUCCACCGCUCUGAAAGUACAUGUAGAAAUUUGUACCCAUGAGAGUUUAAGUAAUUAGAUUUUAUUUGAUUUGUACAAUUUUUGGCAAACAAAACAAUAAACAAUAAACCCAGAACAAAUUUGCCAUUGCCAAAAAACUAUCAAGCCUUUUAUGGGGUUGUUUUGUCUUAUUUAAAUUACAUGUAGCUCAUCCAUUAGGAUAGAUCUUACCAAAGUGUCUUUGACAUGCAUUUUAUUUAAUCCUCUUUUUAUAAUUGAAAAGUGAAUAUAUAGGGUUUCAUUUUUCCAAUUUUCUUUUCUUCCUUUGCUUGUCUUUAACUUUCAAAAGUAUUUUGUUUUCUAGUGUUUUUCUUAUUAAUAGAGCAUUACCUCAAUCUCUCCUAUUAAUUUUGUUCAGCUUACUAGAGCUUCACGUAGAUUGGAUAUUUUAGGUGGUGGUAUUUUGUACAAUGGAACCUCAAUAUGUAACAAACUGCUCAGGGACUGGCAAAAUUAGUUUUUUGUUUGCUGUAACGAGGUUUUGUUAUAUCAAGGUUCCUUUUCACAUGUUUUACUGUAACUGGGGUAAAGAAAGUCAUUCGUUAUAGCGAGGACUUUGUUAUAUAGAGGUUUGUUGUAUCGAGGUUCCACUGUGGCAAGUAUUUAAGUAUCGGGAAUGUAUUUUGAGUCCAUUAUCAUUUUUCAUGGAUUUCUUUUUAUGUCUUUUCCCAGUUUAAGCCAUUUAAAGUUAUCGUCAAAAAUCAUUAUUUCUGUUCCUUAUGUUAUUUUUAGAAAUAAUGAGGUCGCACAAGAAAUAAUAGAGCAAAUACAAAAGCUUCUAAACACCAGAAGAAGGCAAAAUACCAUGUCAGCAGGAAAUGUCCAGAAAUAUGAAUGCAUUGGUGAAGAACAUUUUAGACGCGGUGAUUUCAAGAAAGCUGUGAUGUGCUACUCAUUGGUAAACACUAUAUAUUUGUUACUGGUGGGCAAGGGUGUAGAAAGAAGUUCAUCUGCUUCUUUUCUCAGAAUGUUAAUGGGGUCAUUCAGUCAAUUUGGUCUUCAGCCUUUUUAUGCAUAGUCAAAUAAUCUGUUUAUGUAUUGUAGAGCACAAUGGAAAUUCAGAAGCCUGAAUUGUGAUACCAUGUUUACUUAGUUUUAAGCCCUGGACCCUCUUGAAAACUGAUGCCUGGCAUUAAAAUGUCUUAUCAUGUUUACAAGCAAUGUAGUUUUUCCAUUUUUCUCAUUAAAAAUUUAUGGUGAAAAGAACACCCAUUACUCCUUUAGCUUUAACUUUGUGUGCAGUUAUUUAGCCAAAAAUGGGCAUCUUCCAUGUAUAAAGUUUGUCAAAUUUAUUUUUGUCUUUUUUUUUAAAUUUUGUUGCUCUACCUUUUUUUUUAACUAGUAACAUGUCACAUAUUUACAUGUAUCUGUAACAUGAAGUGAGUUCUCACAGGAGAGAAGGAAGUUAUAAAAACCCACAACUUUUGCUUGUCAUACAGUAAUAUUAAUAUUAUAAUAUUUUUGCUUAUAGGCUAUCCAGCAAGCUCUGUUAAACAACAAUUCAGAAACCGAGAAGUCAGACAGUGCUGAUAGCAACAGUAGGUCUGAUGGUUGUAACACACUUUCUUCCCUCUACAUCAGAAGGGCUGAGGUCUUACUUCAGGCGCAAGAAUACAAGGUAUCCAGGAUUGCACUGUUUUACUUUUCAAAAAAAGUAUUAAUUUUCUUCAAUUUAUUAGUGAUGUUUCUUUCACAGUAUGUUGAUAGUUCGGAAGGAAAAAGUUUCGAAAUUAAUUCUGACACAGAUACUGUAACGUACAACUGUAUGUAGGCAACAAAAUGGCCAAGAAUUUCUUACAAUUUACAGUCACUUACAUUGUUCUAAAUGAUAUGGCUGAAACUCAGAUGUACUUUCUUCUUGUUGUAUUAACAGAUCAUGUCUUUUUUCAUUCCAUAAACCAUCUUCCCAAUGUAUAAUGUGUAUUGUUGUAAGCUAAGUUGCAUGUGAUUGUCAUCUUUGUUAGCUGGAUAAAUAUAAUUGAAUAUUCCUUAUUUCGGUCCAGGCAUGUCUGAAUGAUAUACAAGAAGCUACAUCACUACAGUGCCCUCAGGCUGUUAGCUCAAAGCUAACUAGUCUUCAGAAAGCUUGCCAGAAAAGAUUAGCAACAUCUAAGCAACAUUUUCCAAGUAAGUAUAUUGAGGCUAGAAUGUCUCUCAGAAUACUAAUUAUGGAAUUGUUAGUCUUAUAGUUUUAUAAUGAUGAUUUUUGGUCUGUUUUAGGCAGCAAUGCUUCACAAGAUAUACCUUCUGUAACUCAGGGAAUGCACAGCAAAAUAGCAAGUGGUUCCAGUUUAAUACAAAUCGACUGUUCCAGUAGUCAAGGACGGUUUCUUAAGGUGGGUUUCGUUUGUAUUUUACAUGCACUGUGUAAAUAUGACACAAAAUUGUUACCUGGUACUUAACAUUAUUUUUAUCUUUUUUUUUCUAAAAAUGGAUAUAAAAAAUUCUCUGAAAUCAUUCUUUAUUUUUGAAGAGAAUAACAAAGCUGCAGGAGCCCAAACCUAAAUUAAAUGAAAAAGAACUUUGAAUGAAAAGAAUGUUUUUCUUGAAGCUGACACAUUAUUGACUGAGAAAUUUGAGGUAUUGGAGUUUGUAUGUCACAAGGUUUCACUGUAAAACAAACACAAAGCAAAUUCAGGUGAACACCAUCAUUGGUAUACCAGCACAUUUAGCAAACAAACAGACAUAAAAGGAGUAUUGUAUUUACACACCUGCAACACCCCAGUGGACUCCCAAGAUAAAAAUGAUUUUAUCUUUCAAAAAGUAGUAAAGAUACCGGUAUAUAUUUUCUCUCUGUUUUGCCUUGUUAUGUCUCAUUCUGGCUGCCAGCCCUGACAGAUAUCUUAUGCUAAGAAAUAGCUAUAACAUCUACUGACAAAUGCAUACUAUUGAUAUACUUUAUUACUUAUUUACAGGCAUCAGAUGAUAUCCGUGCAGGGGAUACUCUCAUCUCUGAAUCUCUUUAUGCAGCUGUACUUCUGCCAGAAAAUGCUCACACGCAUUGUGACUGCUGUUUUGAACCUUUAGUUGCACCAUUUCUGUAAGCAGAAACUUUUCUGUAACUGAGUACUUAAAUAAGUAAUUAAGCUUAGUAUAGUAAGGUUUGUUGCAUAAAGAUUUGCUCUGUUAUUGUAGUUUGUAUUAUCAUGUGUUGCUCCUAUUUUAUGGAAUUAUUCAAAUUUGUGAUGACAUUUUUAAUGAUUUCUUUGAAGUUGCUAUCACUGCUGUGAAGUGCAAUACUGUUCACAAUCAUGCCGCAACAGAGCCUGGGAACAGUACCACAAAGUCGAAUGUACUCUUGGUCCACUUCUCAAGAUGGUACGUGAAAAAAGUGACUAUGUGUAACUUUAUCCUUAAUCUAGUGUGGGGGUUCAAGAAUACAUGUACUUGCCUAUAGGCAGCUAUUUUGAGUUACGUAAUAAUUAUUAUUGACUGUAAUUUUAAAAAAAGGUUUGAAAGGAGCAUUUUGUUAGCUACAUGUACUUCAGUGCAAGGGGGGGGGGGGAGUGGGCAACUUCUCUGAGUGAAAGAGCCAACAAUUUUCUUUUAUCAGCUGUCAGUGGUAAUUUAUCAAAAGCACUGCUAGUGUCUUCAUAAUUUUUAUACAAUCUUCAACCAAGGACAUUUAUCAACCUUGGCUUUUAUCUUUUUAGUUGGACACCUCUUUCCAGUUGUCCGUUAGAAUUCUUCUGGUCACAGGGACCCAGAAAAUUCUUGGUAAGUUCAAUUCAAGGCAGCUGUAACCCUGGCAACAUUCUUUUUUACUACAGAGUCUUGUGUACAUGUAUUGAUUCUCCUUGCAUUCUUUAUUCUUCAUUCAGAAUUCUUAAAAAUGGUAUCAUCAUCCCCUAGUGAGAAUUCAAGUCUUAACAAAAGAAUGUCCGGGUGUGGCCCGGAUGGACAAUAUUUGGGUAAGUGCAUGUUGUGUACAGUGUAUAAAGACCAUCAUUAGUUAAUUUUUUUUAAUUGUAUAUUCCUUGAAAGAUGUGCCAUGAAAUAUUAUUGCAGGUGUCAUUUAAGCAUUGUUUAAUCAAGUUGAAACGGGUACCCUGUUUUCCUGCGCCAAAAUAACCUCAAUUUCCCUACAAUAUCAUGUAUGCUUUUUGCUGCUUCGAGAUUACACUUUUUGUUUGGUGAACAAACCGUGAGUUGUUUCUCAGGGACACUUCAACAUGGAGUAAUGUGUUUUGUAAUAGCGUAAUACCGAUGCUACAGUGCCACAAAAGGAUGUCUCAGCACACCAGUAAUCUUUAAAUCCUUAUAAACAUCUUUGUUCUUGUCUUCUCUUCAAUUUCAUGUUAAAAAAAAUAAUGCAUUAAGAAUGGUUGGUGAUACCGUAUGUCAUGUUUGCUUCAGGUGAUUAUGGUUCAGUGUUUUCACUUGUCACCAACACAGAAUUACAGCCUGUUGAAACCUUGAUGUCUCAUGCUUUGGUACGUUGUUCAUUUGAUUAUUUAUGGAUAGAUAAUAAGGGGUAGGCAUUAAGUUGUGAGGUAGUUAUUUAAAUAUCAUGUCAUCCAGAUGCAUGUUGCUUAAUGACAAUUGAAUCCUGAUAGUGACAAACAUGUUUGUUCACACUAGACUGUUGAUACAUGCAUUUCGUUUAUUAUACAAUCGUACUUGGGAUUUUUGUUAAGGAAAAUAUUGGCAAAGAUUGCUACAUCGUGGUAAUCGUUCCACUUGUGUUGAAAUAAAUAAGUGCUCUACAAUAUGUCUGUUUUUGUUGGGGUUCAAGACUGCAGGGAGUGAGAGUUUCUACUGUGUUGACAUGUACAUCAAGCUAUAGUCACCAACGCACACCCCCUCCCCACCCAGGAUAAUUUCUUCAUUUAGUUUGUCUUUUUUUUUUUUGCGAAAAAAAAUUCUGGUUUGUUGUCAUUUUGUGGUUUUGCAGAUGGAGAUCUUUCUUAAUGGAUAUGUCAAGGGAGAAAAGCUGAAUCCACCCUAAUUGUUUCAUUUUUUUAAUGUUUGUAGAAUUGUGCAUUGCUGGCAGAAUUUCUCCAGGGUGCCUUGGUUCAAGAAGACCUUCAGCAAAGACCACUAAACUGUGAGAGCUGCUUGAAAAACAGACUUUGUCAAGUACAUGGACAACAGUGUGAAAAACGUGAACUUAAAUACAAUGUGAACAAUGUUCAAAACCUGUUUUGCACAAACUUAGCUCAAGAACUCAAAGGCGUAGAUGAAAGUGGCAGAGAAACAACUUGUCUUUCAGCGGAUGUGAUUGGCUGCUUACUCUUUCAUCAUUCUCAGCAAUUGUCUUGCAAUGUUCAUGCAAUUACGGGGAUAGUAUCAACAAGUGACAGUACAAGACAUUCAACAAAAGAGCAAGUUGUAACUAGGGAACAGAAGAGAAUAGCUACUGCACUUUAUCCAACAGCGUGUUUGCUGAAUCAUGCUUGUGAUCCUGAUGUUAUAGUGAGGUGAGUGCAGGGUCCAGAUGUGACACUGGAGUGGUUUGUUUUGUAAAUUGUACAGCCUUUUCGAUCAGUAUUUUCACGACGUGAAGAAUGUAAUGCCUAUUUUCUGAAGAAAAUUUUAAAAAACAGUGAUAAGUAUUCAUGAACCAAUAUUUAACUUUUUUCUAUAUCAGUUUUGUUGGUGGCCAUCUGGUUGUGAGAGCAACACAUAACAUAGCAAAAGGAUCAGAGAUUUCUCACUGUUAUGGUGAGUGAAGAAACAUUGUUUUAUUGAAAUUUCCCAUGGCUUUGUUUUUCUUGUGUAGCUUUAAUUCAGUCACAGUAUUAUUAAGGUAUAUUGUGUCUUUAUUCUAACUGGUUCCUAACAAUUAAUUUUCUAAUGCCUAUAUUGUUUGGGUUGUAAAUAAUAUUAAUUCCGUAUUGAAGGCAAGUAAUUAUUUAUUAUUGUCAACUUCCUGAGACUUGAUCUCUCAGUGGAUAGACUGAAAAAUUGUCCUCGGAGAACCAAUAGAAAAUGGCUAUUUUGCUGUUUUUUGCAUGUGCUUAGAAAGGUUGCUUAUAAUAAUGUGUUUUUGCUUUUUUGCAGGUCCCCAUGUCAAUCGCAUGGGCCGUGAGGAUCGUCAAAAAGUCCUGUAUAAACAGUACUUUUUCACUUGCCAGUGUACGGCUUGCAAGAGGUAAGACUGAAAAAUCUAUAAUCCAAAUGGGCUGCUUCUUCCCUUCUUUAAUUUUUUUUGCUCAAAUACUGUGAUGGUUGGCUCACAACCUUUUGUUUUGAGCAAACAGUGUUAUUGAUCAUUGCAGAGUUAAAGGUAUUUUCAUAAUAAUUUUAUGCAACGAGCUGAUCAUAGGCUGUCUUGUCUUUCAGUGAUGAGGAAAUGGAAAACAAAAGAUUGUGCUUCUCUGCCUUUGCUUGCCCCAAAUGCAAGAAUGCCAUGAAACUAUCUUCUGUCAGGGAUGGAGUCAUUGGAACUUGUCAGAACCGUGAAUGUAACUUCCAAAAAAAUAUGCUAGAUGAGUGUCGUCUUGCCCAUGAGGCAGAGCUGCUUUUUGUGAAAGGGGUCCGGUUGUCAGAAAGAGUCGGUAUUAAGGAAGCUUUAGAUGUGUUCCUUGAGUGUUUGCGACGACGUAAAACACUGCUUCACAUGUACCACAAAGACUUGGCAGAGACACAUGAUGCCAUUGCCAGGUAAACAUUAGUGAUUUGUGUAGCCAGUAGCUUGUGUGUCAGGCGUUGAAAGAGGCGGAAUAGAAGGCUAAAGUGGAGGGGAUUUUCCCUUUCGCAUUAUUCUCUCCCUCCAUCUGCCACCCUUUUGCCUUCAACACAGGCCAUGUAGCUGCUUAAAAUGGCAAGAGGCUCACUUUGUUUUUAUAGAAUGAUCACUAAAGGGAAAAAUAAUGCUCUGAUCCACAGGGCUGUCAUUGAAGGCUGGGGGCCGGGGGGGGCAGGGAUUUCACCCGGCUACUAUAAACAUGAUCCCCGGCUACUUUCAUUGGAAAAAAGAGAAAGUAUAUAACCAAAAGAAAUCCCUAGCUGUUUGAUACCCUGCCUACUCCUUGUAUUUAGCUGGCAACUUGAAAUCUUAGUGACAGCCUGUAUCCACCGGAUAAAUCUCUAUCCAGUGGAUAAAAUUGAACCACAACAUAUCCACUGGAUAGUGAUUUAUCCGCUGGGUAGCGCUGUCCAGAUUUUGAACAACUGAGGACUGAAUAAUUUAGGGCUUAAAGUAAUAAAGACCCUGUUAUAAUGCAAUAAAAGGUACGUAGAAAGUAUAGGAAUAGAACAUGUGAACCUUUCUCGUACUGUUGGGGUGCUCAGCAAUAGCAGACAAAUUUAACUUACACAGAAGGGGAAAUGUAAGUUGUUUUAAACGUCUACGAUUCUUUGAUAAGAUGUUACAAAAUCUCUUUUGAUUAUACCUUUCAGCAGUUUUAAUUUGGGAAUGCACUUGUUUUAGUUGUUACCCCUAGCAUUAAAUUUAGAUUACUUAUAAAAUGACUCUGAUUUUCUCUUUUUUUCUGUUGUGUUCUCACAGGUGUUACGCCAUGAACGGAGACUUCAAGAAAGCGUCAUAUUACUGUUCACAAAGCUCUGAAGCAGUGGAAAAAGUUUUUGGUUCAUCAAGUGUAGAAUAUGCUCAUGAACUUCACAAGCUUUCGCAGCUACUGUUCAAUGACAGACAAGUGAAGAAGGCACUCUCUACAAUCGACAAAGCUACUAAUCUCUUGGCUCUCCACUAUGGCCGUAGCAAUCCAGAUGUCAAGGAACUUACUGAGAUGAAACGCUGUCUCAUAGCGGUCGGUGGUCACUCGAGAAACAAUAGCACGUGAAAAGAGUGUAAAGUAUUAAAAUUAGGUUAAUAGUGUGUGUCAAAUUAUGUAAUUGUGAGCACGCUCCUGUGUCCGUUUCAGACUUCGAACUUGACACGUGCUGCAUGAAUCUUCUGCAAACGAUCCGGAACAAGAGACUUUGUUCAUUAGCAUGAACUUGACACGAGCCCACACGUGGUGUUAAGAACCCAGGAUAGGAGACCUUGCACAUUACAAUAAACUUGACACGUGCUGAAUCUUAUAGGCAUUUGUAUGCUAGCUUCGCUGUCUCAAACGGACCUUUGUCGGGAGGUGGCGGAAAAAGAACGGUUUGUAAAAAGAAUUUUGAUCGGACGGUUUUUAAAGUUAUUAUCUUUUAUAGUAAAAGUUUGGUGUAUAAUUUAAAUUUUUUAAGUUAUUGUUGUAUCUCGUUUAAUGGAGAUCGGUUCUAGAGUAAAGAAGUGUCUAUAAAGCAUUUACUUGUAACUUGUUUUGUUUAAAAAACAACAAGAGUUGAUAAGAGUGAAAUACAGUAGAAAAAAUACUCAAGGGCAACAAGAAAAAAAAAAGAAAAGAGGAGAGAGUAGAUUGACCAGAUAUAUAUUAUAGUUGUUUUAAUGACCACGGUUGCUAUUUUCUAAGACUAAGAAAUAGUUCGGGUGUUCUGACGGUUGGAAAACGAUAUCUCAUUGUUCCCACGUGACUGGAAAUAUACUCUAAGGACCUGUAGUACUUUCCUAUUGUAUAUCUAUGUAAAUACGUUUUAUCUGAUCUCAACUGCUUAGAACACGAGAACAUUUCUUGUUAAAGAGGUGAUUGAAUAAAACUCAAAAAGGAAUUGCUUUGUUUCUUGGGUUUUGUUGUUUUUUUCCUGUAAAGUUGCGGGAAGGAGCCAGG